AUGUCGCAGCGAUAUGACAUUCCCUCUAAAUCGGAUUACCCCCAGGAAGGCGAUGCGCUCUCGCCGAUUGUCCAGUCCAAUGGCCACGAGGCUGUGGCCAUCCAGCGCCCGUCGCACGAUAAGAGGGCGCCGAUCUGGUCGCACGAUGUAAAGAAAUACCAGAGCUCGGCUUCGAGCGAAGACGGCUCGCCCCCUGCGCACUCGGAGGAGCCGCCUCUGAAGAAGCGCCAUCACUCUCCUAGCACCACGAAAGAACCCACGGGCAAGUGCAGUGGCGCCACUGACCAUCCCCCCGCCGGCUCGUGCCCUGGUGACGGCCUGUGCAAUGGAAUGGGUGGCACGUCGAGCUGCAAUGGCUGCCCGACCUACAACAACGUCAUGACGCAGUCCGCAUCAUCCGAUGAUGCCGCUAUGGCCGAUGCCGUGGCGACCGAUGCCGUGGCGACCGAGACGUCGGCCGGCACCCCCACUUCUCCACCGCCGGCGGCGGCCGCUCCGGGGAAGAGCGCCGGCACGGCCUCGCCCGAGAAGCAAGAUGCAAACGCACGCCCCGCCAUCGAAGCGUUGCGCUGCGCAAACUGCCAAACCACCACUACACCACUCUGGCGCCGCGAUGAAGACGGGAAUAACAUUUGCAAUGCAUGUGGCCUGUACCACAAAUUGCACGGUACGCACCGCCCAAUCGGUAUGCGCAAGACAGUUAUCAAACGGCGCAAGCGCCUGAUGGGUGGAACAUCGAACGGGAACGGGAACCAGUCUGCCACGCCCGCCCCGAAUGCGCGCGCUGCGCCAGCCACCUCGUCGAGUGCGCCGCCUGCGGUGCGUGCCAAAGCCCAGUGCGCGGACGAUGCCAACGUUUACGCGCGCGCCGAGCGUGAUCGCGAAGCGGCCAUGGUCCUUAUGGAAGUCGGCACGACGCGCUGGGGCAAGCCGCCCCGCCCCGAGCCGCCGUCGGUGCGCCCGAUGUCGGCUUCGCCCGCGUUUACUGCGCGUAUGGACACUCCGAAUACCCCACCCUUUUCUAUGAGCAGCGAGAUGGACGACAGCGCGCAUGGAAAGCACGGCGAUGCGUGGUCCUAUGGCAGUGCUGCUGGGCCCUCGAUGCACGCUGAGCGUCGCACGCCGCCCGACGCCGAUUAUGCAAGUGCCAUGGCGCACGAUGCGCGCGUGAGCGGCCAUACUUCGAUGGGCAUGCACAGCCGCAUGCACCCCGUCUCGAGCUCGUAUGCUCCUGGCGCGAUACCCUACGGCAACCCCGUCCGCCUGUCGGAGCUGGAGCGACUGCGUGACGAUUUGUACAUGGCACGCAGCCGCAUUGACGAGCUGCUGGAACGUGCCGAGCUCGCGCUGGGCGAUGUACGACGCGCGCGCUAUGCCCCCCCACGCAUGCGCGCCACUCCGCCGCCCGAGAUGGGGAUGAGCAAUAGCAAAGGCGAGUCCGAGGCGCACCAUGCUGCGCGCGUCCGUGCGGACGUGCCCUAUGACCGGCGGGAAACCCGGCCCACUUAUUCUCCUGCGAUGAUGGCGGAGCAAAAGCAUCCCUCGGAUGUGCCCGACCUGCGGGCCACCUCCGGCGCCCACUCGCCCGUGUGGCGCGCGCGCGAGCCGCGGAUGCAAUGA